GCCAUCUUGGUGGGAGGUCUUCGGAGGUGGGAGGCGGAUGGCAGACGGGGGGUGGGCGGAUUCUCUUAGCAUGAUUUUGAGGCCUUGAACUUGAGGUUUCGACGAGUCCUAGCAGGGGAGCCGAACAAACGCGUAAGCUCGUAAAGCUAUCCACCGGCAGGAUGCCUCGGACCGUUAUCAAAGUAGUCAUGACAUAUCACCGCAGAGCGAAACUUGAGCUUGAAGCUUCAUGAUGCACGCCAGGAAAACUCCAGUCCGGCUUAGGACAUUUUUAUCCGCUUGUCGUCACCAAAAAAAAGACAGUAAGCUCGAAAAAGUUUCAGGACCUUCUUGUUUUGAGCUUUGUUCUGGAUUAGAAGUAUCUUUGUGCGCUUAUUCGCUUGUACAAGCCAACUACCAGCAAGAACAGGUCAAAAAGGAGGUUCUCGAGCCCGGACAAGUCGAUUUGAGUCUCCCUGAUGACUGUCACUUGAUGCAUUGAUGCAUGACGGCGCCAAAGCGUUGUCAGUGGACGUCGGCAGCUUGCCAUCAGACGCUCGUGAGUUGUGGCCUCAUGCGCGGCCGUAUGUAGUAGUAUUUGUAGAAAAUCGCCGCUGGCCGCUGUCCGAGGGCGUCGACGAGUGACCGAGUCGCCCGCGCGUCGUAGUUACUC